GCACGCGUUUCGGAAGUGAUAUUGUUCGUCCAAAGGCGCUGUUCUGCAGGAUCUGCCAAACAUCCUUUGAUAACUUAGAGAUUUUGCUCGAGCACUGUGCUGAUCAUCUGCGUAUUGUACUACCUCCAGGUUUCCAUAUCGUCGAUGGCGCACCUCGUCCGGCCGAGGAGCGAGAGUAUGCUCCGGGAAGGGGGCAACCAGGGCGCUGCCAAGGUGGCGAAACACGACGAGGACGAGGACAAGGGCGGGGUGAGAGACCACCUGAUGGUGCAGCUGGAAGCGCGGGUCCGGGCUCUCGAGAACGGCGCGUUCACGACGAUCAUCGUGCCCAAGGAGCACGUGGUGAUCAAGGCCAUGACCGAGGCGUACGCAGACUACCUGAAAGAGCGCAAAGACGCUCCCGAGAAAGACAUGGCGGGCCCGGCUGUCCAGAAUACUUUCGCGAUAGUGUGCGCUUUAGAGAGCUACAAUUAUCCGGACGCCUCCCUGCGCACGCAGCUGUUCGUCAAGAUUCUCGGCCGGAUCAAGACCAUGAUGGAGAAGUCCAACCCGGUGGAGCUCAGCGGGUGGAUCAAGAAGGCUCUUGCCCUCCCUUGCUACGAGCGCCCGGGGAAGGACCCGCGCAGCAGGAUCUUGUUAGACUUGCAGGGGGCCAUCUUCGUACCCAAGGGCCUGGCCGAGGAGGACGCGGUGGCAAAGCAUCAGGCAGAGGCAGUCGCGGCCGGGAACCUUCACGAGUUCCAGUCGAGCCCGCUCGAGCUGCCCACCGUGUUCAUGAGGGAGGCGGGCAAAUUCCUCCCCCUGGUUCAGAUCAUCGCGGAGCUUCUGCGCCACGCGGGGGGGUCAGUCACCAUGAGCAAGGCCCCCCGGGGGAACAUGGCGAGGCAGCUCCUGGGUAACAAGAAGAAGUGAUUCAUCCCUGAGGUGAUCUGGUAGAUGUGAGAACUGCAGCAGAGUCGAUGUUUUUCUCUCCCCCUUCCUCUCCCCCCCUCCUCCCCUCUCCCUCCCUCCCUCCUUCCCCCCUCCCCCGGAGGCUGGCCAAC